AUGAAGAAAGCUGGCUCUGCUAGGGUUUUGGAGAAAGACGAGUCUCCUAACGAUAAUCCCUUACUCCGAAGCACUAAGAAGGUGAAAACGAGAGAUAGUGGUGAGCCAGCCUCCGAAUUGGUAGAUGCGUUUAUGGAAGAGCCAGUGGAGAUUCCAACAACGUGUAAAAACUCUCCUAAGUCUUAUAUGGAAAGUCUUCUUUCUCCUAACGGUGGGAAGAUUUUCACUGAUCUAAAUAGUUUAAUGAAGGAGAUGGUGUGUCCAGAAGAUGCAAUCUAUUAUGAUAAGGAUGAUUCAGUGGAGGAUGAGGUAGAGCUAGACUCAUGUCCUACUAUUCCUGUCACGCAGGAAGAAUUCGAAGAAUGGUGCUCUCCCUGGAGGAACUCUCUGGUUAUCAAUGUGCUUGGGAAACGCGUGACCUAUAAAAUGUUGGACAAUAAAGUACAACGUGAAUGGGCUAAAUCUGGGAUUGUCCGCCUAGUUGACCUAACCCAAGACUACUAUCUUGUUCAGUUCUCCUCUGAAGACGACUAUAAGCAUGCAUUAUAUGAAGGGUCGUGGAUGAUUGCAGACCACUACAUUGUAGUACAAAGGUGGAGGCCAUUCUUUACGCUCACGACAUCACAAACCCGUAAAAUUGCUGCAUGGGUUCGCAUUCCAGGUCUACCAAUUGAGUUGUUCAAUGAUCGCUUUCUUUGGCGUGUAGGAAGCAAAUUGGGCACAAUGCUUAAGAUUGAUAAGCUGACUUCUGUCCAGACUCGUGGGAGAUUUGCCAGGAUAUGUGUGGAGAUUGAUCUCAAGAAAAAAUUGGUACCGCAUAUAAAUGUUCUUGGGCAUAUCCUUCACUUGGAAUAUGAAGGUCUUCACUCUAUCUGUUUUCAUUGUGGCAAAUACGGUCAUAAACAACAUCAUUGCUCUGCGUCCUUGGUGCAUGAUGAUUCCCGUAACAAAGCGGCGAAUAAUCAUGAUGUGCCCAUGGAUGCUACGGUUGAAGACGAUCUGAUUAAGGUGGGAGAAUCGAUUCCUAGUAACGAACUACAAGAUUCUAAUCAAGUUUCGUUAAAUCCGGGCUGCGCGGAUUUGGUGGACCAAUACAGACCUUGGAUGAUUGUGAAACGUAACAAGAAAAAUGCAAGAUAUCGUACGCAAAAUAUGGGAAAGGAUAAAAUUAAAGAGUUGGGCCCCGCUAACCGAAUUUCAAAUCAGUAUGAAUAUAAUUCAAAUGAUGUGACUACUGCAGUUCACCAGUCUGAACCCCAAAAGGAGGGCCACGGCCUGCCCAAGCAGAAAAGCUCAGUGGUAACAGUCCGUAACCCCUUAGCUGGGAAAAAUCCACAAGUGCCACAAAGAAAGAACAAUGCCCAAGGCAAGAACAAGGUUAUAGGUGCCCCAUCAUCUAGUGCAACAGAUUCCACAUAUAAAGGUGGGGCCCAACAUCUUCCUACCUCACCAAAACGUAAUCUUGCAUGGUUAAAGAGUUAG